GUCCUAGUCGUGGAUCCUUACAUCCCUGCAUUGACCAAUAGCUUGGGGGUAGUGCAUUUCUAUGGGGUAAUUUUUACAUACUAAAAACUCUAGACAAUCCAGGAACACAAUUUGGUAAAAAUCUGGGGGGACCGCGUGACAGCGCCAUUUCUCUGGGCAAGGAACAGCUUUGGAUCACACGCACAGUGGUUGCCGUUAACUGCAAAGCGUAAUUGACCAAGAAUGUCAGGAGACGAGAAGAAGCUCUGACUUUUUUGCCUUCAAGUUCCUAGACUGGCGGAGUAUUAGCUCGUUGGGUCAUCAAGUCUCCUGUUUGGCGGCUAUGGGUUGAGGGAGUGGCGGGUAUUGACAUGACGAUCUAAAAUGCGGGGAGAAGCGAAGGAACAAGAGAGAAAAGAAGGAAGAAAAAAAUCUAAAGAUGGGUCCAUUUGUGGGGUGAGCUCAAAAGUAUCAGGAAUUGCGUUGUUGUGCUGUGUUUGUUUGGCUUGGCUUGGCUGAAGGUAGGUCACCUUGUCCAAGGCAAGGUUGUGCUGUGGCCCCCUUGAAUAAGCUUGAGUCGUGGUAUAACUACCCAAGCUCUUCCCAUCGUGACAACCUCUCUCUCUCUUCCCAAGCUCUACUUACUCUUGACGAUCCAAUCUACAACUUGACAUUGAAUCAAUUAUAUCCUCUUCUCAUCCUCAACACUGAGAAAUCAUCACAACGUACAACCCACCUCACUUACACAACCACAACCAGAACCACAAUGCCCAGCUACAUCCUCACUGAGCCCUCUCCCUCCACAAACGUCUUCGUACGUUCGGGCCGCGGCGGCUACGGCAACAUCUCUCGUGCCUCAAAAGACACAACAUCCUCCUCAACCCGCACCGUCGUGACCCCCAGCACAACCCCAAAAACCACAACUACUACUACCCCCUCACGCCGCUUCUUCAGCGGCAUCGGCGGAGCUGGCAACGUCCACCGCGCAAGCGAGCAACCCUCUGUGUCUCUUGACGACGAGUACGACCGCAUUGCCGCCCGUGACCAAAUGGCAGCUGGACAUGUCGGCAUUGGCGGCGCCGGCAAUGUGUUCCAUCGCAAGGAUAGCGAUGCCGGCUCUGAUGCUAGCGACAGCAGCUCUAUGAGCUCCAAGACGAAGCUGUGGGCUCGUGUUAGCAGCACUUUCAGCCGGGACUGAACAACAAAACAUAGGAAAAGAACGAUUGAGGGUGUUUGUACGAAAAGAUAUGAAUUAGCGACUGGCGUUGAUGGGAUUUGAUAUUUGGACGAAAAUAUGGCGGGGACCUCAGAGCAAAUGGGUUGACGAUAUACCCCGGAUGUACGGUUGGCACUGACAAUUGAGAGGGGCGAUAUGAAACUGCCCUUCUACUCUUGCUUUGCCUGUAUGAUGCUUGUUUCUGGUGAAGAUUUAUAUACCCCCGAGCGCAGCUCUUUUCUAUUAUAGAAGCAUUAUUACUUAUUACUCAUUUACUCCUUACCCCUGUGACUUGUAUGUAUGUCCUCAGGGUGCAAGACUUCACUUCUGUCGUUAAAUCAGGGUGCGAAAAUAAAAUGGUCUAAAGGCUUGUUAAGAUAUACUAAACUUACCUAAGUCUUUUCAUAACUUAGACCAGAAGUCCUAAAUUUUCUUGCCUCCCCUUAUAUAUCUCAUGAUGCUCAGAGACAGAGACUCUUUGGUUGAGAGAACGACUUCACAAAGCUAAGCACAAUCUCAACACAUCAGGGUAUCAUUAGGCUUCCUCUAUCUGGCAAAGGUUGUCUACAACUGCACUGGUGUCUCCACACACACCAAACAGCACUAAAUCUUCCAUUCCAUGCAAGGCUUCUGCAUCGCUCUAUCAACAACAGCAGCGCGUCAAAGGGGGUUGGUUUGGGUUGUGAGGGCUUGCGAUCACAAAGGUCAAGGUCAUCUCGAUCAUAAAGGUCCAGACGGCGGAAAAAUCAGUGUCGAUGAGCUCAGGCAUGUUCAUGUCCGAUUAUUUCGUCGUUAUGGCUGCAUCACAAAGAUGCGAAGUCAAAGGGUGACACGCAUAUGUACGUCGUUCUUACGUGAACUUGGUAUGGAUAAUGUCGGGGUUCUCGUGCCAGUCAUCAAUGCUCACCCACAUCUGUCACACAUUAGUAUAGUAAUGAAAGGUAUCACGAUAAAAUCACUGACCUUUCGGAAAGUACUCAAUCCAGCAAGAAUACUGCCUCCAAUCCAGGUAGAGUACUUUCUCUCUGGUGGCG